AAUAGCAGAAUUCAUGGUGUGAAUUGCAUAUACAGUUUAAUAAUCAAGAACUUUCACAGUAUUCUACAAUGAUUAAUCUGCGAUUAAUUUCAUUGAUACGAUUGUCAGUUACCGAUUCCAGUAGAAAUGCUCAAUUAUGGUUACGGAAAUCCUUUCACUCUGUAAAUAGUGUCCAUCAUUUUUCCAAGCUUCAAAUGGGUCAAAGGAACAGUACUAAUCUUGGAGAUGCAUUUUAUAAAAUAAAUUGUCUUUCCAAUACAGUAAAUUCCCUGUUUUCAAACUCAGCAAAUCCGAAAGCGUGUACAAAAAUCGUUCAUGGAGAAGGAGAUUGUAAAACAUUUGACAUUUCUUAUGAGGAACUUUUAAAAGCACAAAAAGACGAUAGUGUUUUAUUAAUAGACGUUAGAGAACAAGUUGAAAUCAAUGAGACUGGUAAACUACCAGGAAGUGUUCACAUACCAAUGGGAAAUGUAGCAAAUUUGAUCACCUCACUUUCGGAUGAAGAAUUUAAGAAUAAGUUUUUAAAACCAAAACCUUCGAAACAGACAAAAAUUAUUUUAAGCUGUAAAAUGGGAAGAAGGAGUGCUACGGUGCAAGAAGAACUUAAACAAAUGGGAUAUAAUGCUUAUAAUUACACUGGUGGCUGGCUAGAAUGGGAGAGCAGGCAGAAACAAUAAACAAGAAAAACGAUUGUCUGAUUUUUGUAUUAGAUUUAUAGUAAGUAUAUGUAUAUUGCAGUUAAUGAUGACAACAGUAUCAAAUUAAUUAAAUAUUAUACUUAAAUAAGUACAAA